AUGGAGCGCUCUCAGAACAAAGUUCGCAGCCCCACUAUGGGGCAAUUGGACCCUCCGUUUGGGCGGACUUCUCAAGACUCCUCUACUGGUUCCACCAAUCAGAGAGUGAGUGGAGCAGGGACUGGCCUGCUAAUGGAGCGCUCUCAGAACAAAGUUCGCAGCCCCACUAUGGGACACUUGGACCCUCCGUUUGGGCGGACUUCUCAAGACUCCUCUACUGGUUCCACCAAUCAGAGAGUGAGUUCCCUGCCCCUGGCUUCUUCAGGAAAAGAUUUUUUCUUAAAGCACAAGGUGGCUCUGGAACAACGUCUUCCCUCUCUCAACCCCAUUCUAAGCAAAUUCCAGGAGAGGAAGGUUCUUAAUGACCAGGAGCGGGAGGAGGUGAUGAGCAAAAGCACCAGUGCGGAACGGAACUUGGUUCUGCUCACCAUGAUACAAAACAAAGGAGUCCCAGCCCAGCAAGUGUUCUACAAAGUUCUAAAAGAGGCUGACCCAUACCUGGUGAAGGAUCUGGAACGCUAA